AUGCAUAGCGAAAUGUUCAACACUGCGAAUUAUUGAUUUUUCAUCUCAUCAGCCAUCUUGAAUGACUGGAGGACGUCGUCGCGUAGGAAAAAUAGUCUUUAAAUAGUGUAAAACGGGAUUUAUGCAAGAAAGUUUGCAACGAAAGUCAAGAACAGCUUUCAUUAGCUUAUUUGUGGGUAAAGAAACUUAGCAGUUGUCGUCUGUGCUUAGUGUAUUAGGCGUCUAAUAAAAUGGGUGUGUUGUGAAGGGUUACAUAAGGUUCUUGGUUCGGAGAAAAUUAAGACGAAUGGUAUCAAGUAGUCCAACAAAAAGGAUAUAACAAAUGACGGGAAGUUUUAGAGUACAGCUCGUCAAUAUGGGCACCAGAGGAGCUGCAUUUCAAGCCAAAUUGCGAUGUCUACAUGAAUAUCAUGUACGGCUGCUUAGCAAUCAGAUUCCAACUCCAUCUGGUUCGGAUAUAGCAAAUACUAUCAAAUAUUUCUCGCAAACACUUUUAACUGUUCUAAAAGAUGUGCCAUGCUCUCCUCUGGAAAUGAUCAAGGAUCCUUCACUCGAUCAAUCGAGGAUGUCCAGCUAUCCAAACCUGGAAUAUCAAAAUCUAUACAAUGCACUCACCAUGCUGCUUGACGUAGCUUCCAGUAUCCAAAACGGAUUGAAUUUAUUUGGAAAAGCACUGCUGCAAUGUCUGGGAUGCAUUCUACCUUUUUUGGAUAAGGACUUGAUUGAUAACCUUCCCUAUCUAGCUGCAUCCAGUAUUUCCGUUCUUCCACCAUCGUUGCACCAAGAUAUAAUAAACUAUCUAUGUUAUUACAUAUUACCAUUUACGAUCACUCGCCAAAGUGAUGAUGACCAAGAAUGUCAUGCGUGCCAGUCGGUGUCUGCUGUUAUAAUGUUAGUAUUUCAGUAUUCGAAUAAUCCUGCACAUCAUUGUCAGCUUCUGGAAUCCUUGAUGAGACUCAAGCAUAACGUUGUAAAAGAUCUACUAUGCGUAAUCGCAUACGGUACUUCAGCAAGUCGAGCCUCUGCUGCUAAGUUGCUAUUCUACUAUUGGCCUGCGUUUGAUCCGAAUCUUUUUGAUCGCAAAGGAUUAUUAUGCAAGUUUACCAACAAUUUGAUACCAUUUGUUUGUCAAAGAGAAUCAUGUCCUAAUGCCGGCAAUGCUGAAGCCGUUAAGGUUUGCUACAAUCAUUGCAUUAGUAUAUUAUACGCCGUUGAUUCGCCCCCACCGCUGUAUCUGUGCAUCGAAUGUGCUAAUGAAAUACAUCGUGACCAUCCAGAUCUUUCGUUUGGAGAUAUACUGCAUCCGAUGCAGCAAGUGUCAAUGAUAUGUGAAAACAAGAAUUGCAGGUCGAGCGAUAAAUCAGCGGUGUCGAUUUGUUUUUCAAGCGAGUGUGCUAGUUACAACGGUAACCACCCUAUCCGAUACUGCUCUCAGUGCCAUGGCAACCGACACAACAGUAGGCGUGGAAUUGAUCACAUCGUGCAUCGCAGUCUACCGCCGAUGAUGAUGAUGGAUGCUGAGAUGCAAACGUACAUGGUGGAAGCGGUUAUAAGUCUUCUUCGAGAAGCAAAACCCUUGAAUUUGGACUUUGGAAGAGAUUCUUCUAGUGAUUCGAAGGGUAGUGCAGGAAAUGGAACACAAGACACGCUAACCUUAGAGGAUCGUCAACUGCUGGGCCGAUACGGAAUAUGGCUUUUGGUUGGCAGAUGCAAACCUACUGCCGAUACCCCGAUUGAAAUUCUAGGGCGUUUAUUAUCCAUGCUUUUCCAUUGGUUCCAUAUAACCGCGUACUCAUACGACGGACAAGCUGAGAGCACUUUGGAAAAACUCAAACUGGAGCACGUUUGCGGCUGGUUGAAGGAUGUUUGUGAUAGCCAUUAUAAAGAUUUCAUCGACUGUCUUCUCCCUCAUCCACCCGAAUAUUCCAGAGUGGGAGGGCAUUGGGAUACACUCGCUUCUAGAACUUCACAUCUCAAAGAAGGCCUACAGCGUCUGAUUUGUCUCAUACCAUACGAGAUUAUAAACCAACAAAUUUGGGAUACCGUGAUGCCGCAUUGGAUGGAAGCCGUCACAAACGACGUACCGGAAAAGGAGCUACCAGAACUGAAGAUUGUGCUGAGCAAAAUCCUAGAUCCUGACAUGUCACCAUUAGGAUUUGAUGCCAAGGCAAUGUACAAUUUCGUAACAAUUCGUUUUGAGAAAACAACCGCCAAGGUCCAACAGCAGGCCCUUCACUGGUUGCAGAAUUUGACGAAACUUGAAAUUUUGAUACCUCUGACGCAGCUGUUUGCAAUGUUUGGAGAUGGUGUUCGCAUAAUGAAGCACGGAAUGCAGGCCGAGUUCCACACUGAUAAGAUUGGGAAAGGCAGUGGCUCGAAAAUAGCGCGUGAUAAAGAACUUCAGCCUCCCAGAAGAAGCUCUAUCUCUCCUGUUGUUGAAGAUGACUCGGGAAAUACGUCUGCGAUUUCCGAUGAUGAGGCACCGAUAUCGAGACAUACUGAAUUUUCAACUGAUGCCGAGCAUAAUCUAACCUGCUGCAUUUUGAUGCUUGACAUAUUACUAAAACAGAUGGAACUUCAGGAUAUUGAACAACACAGCGGUAUUUACACAACUGUCUGCGACGGAGUGUGUAGACUACUGAAAUGCAUGGUUACGGCGGCAAAAGUGGGACUAGGAAAUCACAUUUGCUCAUCAAAGGAAUGUGGCUACUGUGAAGCAUCAGUGAUGUGGCAUCAGCUUUCGACAAAACUUGUUCAAUAUUUGGCCCCACUGGAUGCGGUUAGACCACCGGACGCUCCACUACCGGAAAUUAUAGACGACGAAAAACCGUCACGAAAGAGUCCUCCAGAAUCAGAAAAGGAAAGUAAAACUCGGGAUCGCGAUGUUUCCCUUUCUAUGGCACCUUUGCCCAUACCCCUUGGACCGCUAGGUCCAGUUCCAGUAGCGGUUCCUCAACCUGAACCUCACUCGGUUGGUGGCGUAUUAGUGCAUAUGCCGCAUGUUUGUUCUGUAUGUAUAUUUGAUUUUCAUUUCCCCUAUUUUUAUUAGACUCGAAUCAGCAACAAUUGAUCUAAUGAAAAUGUUUAUAUGUGACUAUCUUUUUCGAGUGAAUCAUUCUUAACAGAGCCACCCAAAAAACAAAUUCAAAAUUAAAAAAUAAAAUCGUAGUGGAAAAAAAGAAUCUGUUACGUUUUCACUUUUGUAAUUUUAUUUGGAGAAAUAUUUGCAAUUAUUUUAAUCUCUCAGAUUCCUGAUCGUGGGCGUGAAAAGGAUAUUUCACAAUUCAUCCACGCUACAGAUGAGGUACUUCUAAAUGUUAAAUAAAGCGGAAAAUGUAAAAAAUGCCAACUUUUCUGUUCUCAAGCGUUUUAUACGAUGGUUUAUUGUCUGUCCUUCAGGUGUUUUUCAUACGUGGUUUUCUUUUACAAAUAUUCUUUUCUCUUGAAUCAUCAAUACUUAUACUCAUUCUGUUUGUUUAGUAAACUCUCAUUAGUGUAUCAAUGUUCCUUUUUGCACUGUCUGGUCAAAACUACAUUUGUACAUUUGGUGUGUGGAUGUUUGAUAUCGAAAUUAUCAUGUAAAUAUAAGCAUUUUGAUUAUCAAUGACUUAAGCAGUUGUUCCAUAUAGUAAUACACCCGAUUUUUUUUUUUGCACGGGGGUGGUUUUUGCUAUAACUCAGUCAAUUUUCAAUCGAUUCUUAUGAAAUUUUGUACACAUUUAGGCGCAAUUCAAGACCAACAAUUGAAAAGGCCACAACAGCAUUUUGUAAACAAACAUGUUUCUAUCGACUUGAGGCUUUCUGAACUCCAACCAACACACCUCACCACCACUAACAGAUAGCACAAACAUCAAGCUUUCUGUUAAUGGUGGUGAGAUGCGUGGGUGGAUCCCAGAAAGCCCUAAGUCGACAGGAACGUGUGUGUUUACGCAAUGUUGAUGUGGCCUUUUCAAUUGUUGGUCUUGAAUUAGUACUACCGGUGUACAAAAAAAUAAGUCAGUUGGCUCAAAAUUGACUGA